GAAGCCUGGCUCUGCAGCAACUCGCCAAUGGGGCGUAUCGGAUCGGCAACGACUCGUUUCGCGUGGUGCCGCUGAGUGAGCUGCCUGCUGGCCACCGCUACGUGGCGAGCUACAAGGAUAGCGACCCGGUUGUCAGCUGGGGCAACGACUGGUUGUUCCGGUCCUUCUCAUCGCUGCUGAUGGUGAUGCUGGCGAAUUGGUGGAGCGUGGAGGAGGGCGUGGGCGACCAGGUUGUGGUGAAUCGGCAGUCGUUCAUCGGCAGUCGUCGCUAUGGGCGACUGGUGAGUCGCCGCCUGCCGCAGACCGAAGGCAUCGCAGUCGGCUACUGCGUCGGUCACAGCGACGAAGUGGACGAGCGUCGGCUGGUGAUCGUGAGCGGCUUCAGACCCAACGAGACCAUCGCGGCCUACGUGUGGGCGCAGCAGGGCAUCAUCCGCCUGCGCACCACGGAGCGAUCCGCCGCCGCUGCUGCUGCUGCUGCGCCGCCUCCCCCCUCCCUCACCCCAUCGCAGGCCCUCUCCAGCCGCUUCCCGGUGUCGACGCCUCUCUGGCUGAGUGUGUUGCGCCGAUUCGAGCUCGAGACCAAUGUCAUCACCCCUCGCACAGUGGGCUGAGGGCAGGGGGAUGUGGGCGCGGCGGGCGGGCGUGUAGUGCAUUCGACAUUGACGGUCUGACGUGACGUGUGAGGGGCGAAUGAGAUGAAUGUCUGUCUGUCUGUCUGUUGGUCAGUCUGUUGGUCAGUCUGUGUGUGGAAUGGACGAGCAGUGUACAGUCAGUUAGACGGUGACAAAAGCGAUGGAUGCGUCGCUUUUUGGCCGACCGGCCACAUGUCGCCCAAAUGUUGCUCAAAACCGUCCGUUUACGUGGACGGAAGGGGACAGACGGUGUGAUCUGGCCGGGGAGGGGAUGGUCCGGACGGCUGGUGGUGCGUGCAUGAUGUAUGCAGACAGACGGUGCGUGUAGAUGGAUGGACUGGGGAAGGGGAAUCGGGUGGCUGUCUGCCUGGCCGUCCGUCCCUUCGUCCGUCCGUCCGUCCCUCCAUACGUCCGUCUAUCUGAAUGUCCCCGUGUGCGUGGAAUGACUGAGUGCUGUACACCUGUGUGGGUGAGAGUGGCUUCUUGGAGGGUGGCCAAGGGAUCUGUCACCUUGUUUGCCGACCAACCAGAAGGCGCUAUACCACUUCCGCCUCAUGAAUGCAAUGCAUCCAGAUGUCUGGGUGGGGCGACUGUGGUGGCCUGGGCAGACAGGUGUGCAGAUGCCGUGUGCGAUGGAUGGAUGAAUGGACUGGGAAGGGGAAUCGGAUGUCCGUGUGCAUAGUCCAUCUAAUGACGACUGGGUGAAGCGAUCGAUGGGAUGCGUGUCUGUGUGCCAGCCAGCCUGUUUGUCUUUCUGUCUGUCUGAAUGUGUUUCUGUGCGUGGAAUGGCUGAUUGACGUAGAAUGGGUGACGCACGCAUCAACCACGCAU